CUCGCAAGCGAGCACUGCCGUUACAACGAAAGUGUUCAUGUGUUGUACGGUGGGAAGACAUCGCGCGCAACGAAGCACCUAAAAGAAGUCCACCAUGUUACUUCAUCCAAGUCUGCGCUGGAGGAUUCACGCAAGCGAACCAGGGACGAGAUCGUAGCUCGUAUCCGAGCGGUUGCCCAAAACCAAGAAAGCUAUGAGCGUAUCAACCUGCUUCUUCACACACUGCUCGUGAUACACAACAACCUUCCGUUUAUCAUGGGUGAGUGGGAGGAAUCGAGGAUUUUGCGAGCCAUCGUCACCAAAGACAGCUCUCAAGCCGUGGUGAAUCGCAGAACAAUUACCCACGCUGUGAUCGAGCUCUACGUAUCAGCUAAGCGCGAAUUGAUUCGCUUCAUUAUCGACAACCGCAUCCCAGGUGUGAAGUGUUUAGUGAUGGUCGCUGACUUUUGGAAGGCAAAGAGCUCGGGCACGAAGUUUCUUGGACUUCGACUGUACUUUGUGACUGCAGACUUCAAGCUCGUCUCCGUCUUGCUAGGAACGCGACACUUUCAACCUCUCUGCGGUGAGCGUGAUGGUGGAAUUCGCGGACCUUUUAAGCGGUGGAUCAUUCAAAUUCUCGCGGAUUUCGGACUUACUGUUGCAGACUUCUUCGGAGCGACUACGGACGGUGGUCCAGACGUUCAGCACAUGAUGACAUCGAACCUGAUGCUCUCAUGGGAGUGGUGCAUGCCUCACCUAACCAACGCGGCAACUAAAGCAGCGUUUGGGAUGACGAGCAAUGUAGGAAAGUCCAAGAACCUUGAGAUGCUUCAGCUGCUGAAGAAGGUGACGCGAACUGUCUACCAAGUCCGCACAGUGGAGGUCAUGGGCGACUUGUACGAGCAGCUUGUCCGCUUCCUUGGUGUCGGAAAGGAGAAGAAGCUGAUUGACUAUAAGCCGCAUCGCUUCAUGACCCUUACGCACGUCUUUGAGCGCAUUGUGAAGCAUUGGAACGUACUUUGCCUGUGGUAUGAAGAACGUGCACGCAAGGCGGAUAGAGACAAAUCGGCACAUCCGUCUCCGUUUCCUUUGGCAGGAAACAAGUUCCUUAUGGAGCACCUACUCUCACUGAUGCUGCCGAUUUCAGCGCUCAAUGUGAAAAGUCAGGCAGAAAAACCGAAUCAAGUCGACGUUCUCGUCUCUGCGUACAAGGUUAUCGUCACGACACUUGGCCCCGAGGCAUCACUACGCAAGUGUGAUGCGACGCGAGAGAACCCGACUUCGUAUCACCACAGUACCCUCAUGUCGCUUGUGGUCAAGACCCGAGAGUUGCUGAGUGACGCUUUCCACUCUCGCUUUUUUUUCGCGCUACACUGA